CAACAAUCCAACCAGAAAACCCCACCAAGAACCAUAACAACAACAACAACCACAUCAUCAUCAUCAUCAACAACAACAAAACCGCCAAGUCAUCAUGGUAUUCAACCCAACCAACUACCUCAGCAAGCAAGGUUGGAGUGGCCCAGGAAACGGAUUCACGACGACCAGCCGAGCAAAGCCAAUAACAGCCAUCCAGAAGAAGAACCAUUUCGGCAUCGGCAAGGACAGGGAGACCAGCCACCCUUGGUGGGACGACCUAUUCACACAGAUCGCUUCCAAACUAGAUCAACCAAAAACAACAACAACCAAAACAACAACAAACUCAAACCUCAACAUCCAUGCUAUCGAUCUCGCCAAGCAGAAGGCUGGGAGGCUAGAACUCUAUAGACGAUUCAUUAGAGGGAAAACGAUCCAAGGAACGAUCUCAGAAGAAGAAGAAGAACAAGAGACAGCAGUUACAACAGAAGACGAACCAAAUCAAGAAGAAGAUUCACAACAACAACAACUAGAAGAAUCAACUCAAAAGAAGAGCUCUAAACGCAAAACUGACCAAGAAUCACCCCCAUCCAAGAAACGGAAGUCUACUACUACCACUACUAAUACGGAACAAGCUACACCGCUUGAAACUGAUUCCAAACAGAAGAAGAAGAACAAGAAACGAAAGACUAGCGAGGCUACCAAAGAGGAUGGAGUUGAAGAAACCGGUUCAAAGGAGAAGAAGAAGAAGAAACAGAAGAGACGGAAGACAACCGAUUCGACUCUAGACGAAGGAGUUGAAGAAACUGGUACGAAGGAAAAGAAAAAGAAGAAACAGAAGAGACGGAAGACAGCUGAUUCGACUCUAGACGAAGGAGUUGAAGAAACUGGUUCGAAGGAAAAGAAAAAGAAGAACAAGAGACGAACGAAAGACGAUCAAGUAACAGAUCUAGAAUAGAAAUAUAUGCAAGAACAUGCUCAUCAUCUCCACUCGAAUCCAUAGCCCAUCAAUAUCGAUCACCAACAGCUCAAAAACAAGAAAAAGAACAGAGAGAAAGAGUCUCCGGUUGAAUGGAUCGACAACAGCAAGCUAGAGACCAAUCCUUCGAACCUGAAGAAGAUCAAGAGUAGAAAAGAUUCAUAGUAGAGAUCAGAGAUAAGAAUCACUCUGGAUUCAACCAAAACAGUUGUUUCAUGUGACUCAUUUAUACUCUCCAACCCUUCAACAACUAUUCAGCCUCUUAUAAUACCUCUCAGCUCAAAAGAAUAUACUUUCUACCAUGUCCUUAUUCUUGUUGUUGUUGAUGUUUUUUUUAACCAUAGUUGUCUUAAUGCAUUCAUUCCACACCUUUCAAUCAAAAUCAAAUCUGCAGAUGAUUGCAUUCCAACCAAACAAACAAGGCUUGUAAACUGUUUUUUUCUUCUGUGCAGUCAUAAACCAAACAAAAAGUGAAUCAGCUAGUUCUUC